GUGACCGGCAAGGGAAGCGCGCUACAGAGCAAGGUGGUCCUUGGGGAGAGGAAGCAGCAGUAUUAGCGGAGUUCUCCACCUGGGGGUGGUGCGGGGAGAGCCGUAGCCAUGUCCCGGGACGCAGACGCCGUGGCAAAGAUCACUGAGAGCACGUACAAGAAUGUUAUGGAUCAGUUCAACCCUGGGUUAAGAAACCUGGUGAAUCUUGGAAGGAACUAUGAAAAAGCAGUGACCGCAAUGGUGCAAGCAGGAAGAGCGUAUUAUGAUGGCGUAGCCAGGAUGGGUGAAUUGGCCUCUGCAUCUCAUGUAUCAAAAGAGCUAGGCCAUGUACUUAUGGACAUUUCCAACGUUCACAAAAAGCUGAAUGACAACUUAGAAGAAAAUUUUAAAAAAUUCCACAGAGAGAUCGUUGCAGAACUGGAGAGAAAGUCGGAACAAGAUAUAAAGUAUAUGAAUGCCACCCUCAAGAGGUACCAGACAGAGCACAAAAAUAAACUAGACUCUCUGGAGAAAUCUCAAACAGAUCUAAAGAAACUCAGGCGAAAAAGUCAAGGAGGGAGAAACGUCACUAAAUAUGAAAUGAAAGAAACAGAGUACGUGGAAACGAUCACGUCCAGACAGUCGGAGGUAAAUAAAUUCAUAGCGCAGGGCUGCAGGGAAGCUCUGCUAGAGGAGAAGAGACGAUUCUGUUUCUUAGUGGACAAACACUGCACCUUUUCAAACUAUAUCAACUAUUUCCAUGUACAGGCUGUGGAUUUAAUCACUUCCAAGUUGCCCAAGUGGCAGGAGACGUGUAGUGACAUCUCUCAGGUUCCGGAAACGGUCGUUAAUAUUAUGCAGGACCUGAAAACUCCAGUGUCCACACCAAUUUCUGGUACUCCUGAACCUUCCCCAUUAAUGGACAAGAAGGCCCUGAUGGCUGGAGAUACCCUGUCUAGGAACACACUUAGGAUGCCUCCAGCACCCCUGACCAAAGCGCAGACUAGUCCCCUGGUCGACAUGUUUAACAACCCACCAGUUAUCCAGAAACCAACAUUUGAGAAACUAAGGACAUCACAAGGAGAGAGUCAUGAAGAAGGCACUUUGCCUCGUUCCAUGUCCGUAGCAACAGGUCUGAAUCAAAUUAAGAAACGAAAAGUAAGAACCAUCUUCCCGCACACCGGAAACGGCAGCACUCAGUUGAGCUUUUCUCAGGGCGACAGCAUCACACUUCUUAUCCCAGAGGAAAAGGAUGGCUGGCUGUAUGGAGAGCACGACACAACCAAAGCUAAAGGUUGGUUCCCGUCAUCUUAUACAAGGCCGCUGGAAGAAAACGGCAGGGAGCCAUUGAAAGCGCCAAGCGUGCCCCCGAGCCCUGCUCCAGUCCGGAGUCUCAGCUCAGCCAACUUAGUUGAAAAAAGUCGAGUUGUCCUCCCAGAACCGGAUUAUCUGGAACCAAUGUCAGGGAGAAGCAGUAGCAGCAGCAGCAGCAGCAACAAUAGCAACCGGGGAUACACUUUCAGCCCACUCAUUGCCAAAGAUCCUCCUCCAAAGACAAACAGUGAAUCUCCUAAGCCAAAUGCAAAUGGCCUCAGUAGCCAUCCGUUUCUAAGUGGAGAAAACCCAUUUGCGACCAUCAAACUCCGACCAACCGUAACAAACGACCGAUCUGCGCCAAUCAUCCGAUGAGCCGGACCCAUUAAUUUAAUUAACCUUAUUUUUAUAAAUAUAUAUAUAUAUAUAUACAUACAGUAUAUUGUUUCUUUAUGCUUGAUGAGCUGAGUGCCGUCAUCCCUGCUGUGUCCUUCCACCCAAAUAAACAAUUGGACUUGUAAGACUA